GCGCGAUAGGCGCAGCAGCAGGCCGCCACCGUAGUCGGUGUACGGUACCGCCGCCUCAGUCGCCGUCCGGGAUCGGUAAGUGGAGCGCGUCGACACUGCGCGUGCGGAGGCGAGCAGGCGAGGCAGGCGGUCUGCGUGCAGAGUUUGGCGCGGGGACUGCGCGAGACCACACAAGAUGAGGCUUUUGUUCGUCACACUGGUCUGCUUAGCAGCUGCAGCGGAGGGCAGGAGAGCCUCCAUAUCGAACUCGGAGCUACGGCGCAUCAGCUCUGAAAUGUUCGAGGCCGACAACAACAACGUCUACAGUCACCUGGACGUCAACACCGGCGGCCGCGUGCCGUUUGGCAAAUCAAAUACCGACUACGCAUCGGCCCCCCUGAUGGAGCCGUUCAACGCCACGCGCUACCUGAGUGGGCCAACGUACACGGCUCUGGUGAACUUCUACGACAACUUCGAGCGCAGCACCAACCGAAGGGAGGUCCACACGCAGGAGGAGCACAACGAGCAGGUGCACUUCAUCAACAUGAUCACCAGCACGGCUCCGAUCCGCAAGGUCAAGGAGUUCUUGUCGAGCAAAGGUUACCUGCCGCGUAGCAUGAACUCGUUCAAGCGAACAAUGAAGGCUCUGUGGUUCGACUUCUACGGUCGGAGCCGCGGCGUUCUCUCCUCGUCUGGUUUUGAGCAUGUGCUGAUGGGCGAGGUCAAGAAUGGGCAGGUGAGUGGCUUCCACAACUGGGUGUACUUCUAUUUCCUGGAGCGCAAGAACGAGGUCAACUACCUGGGCUACAAGAAGUACCUGCAGCUGGGACGCGGGGACGCGAUGGUCAUCAAGUUCUCAUUCAAGUGGCACAACCACCUGAAACCAGUGACAAGCAUGAUGAUCGGCACCUCUCCCGAGCUGGAAAUUGCGCUCUACACGCUCUGCUUCUACGCUCGCCCGGACCAGAACUGCCGUGUGUCGCUGGGCGGCAAGGACGUGGUGGUCAAGACACACACGUACAGGAGCAGCGGCAAGUCUAUGAUCGGCUCGGCCUACGUGGACCUGUGAGAGGGCCGCGGCACGAGCCCCGGGGUCGCGCGGGGCUGCCAGCCGGGCUCUAGACGCGGACACUACGAGCCCCGGGGUCGCGAGGGGCCGCCAGCCGGGCUCUGGACUCGGACACCACGAGCCCCGGGGUCGCGCGGGGCUGCCAGCCGGGCUCUGGACUCGGACACCACGAGCCCCGGGGUCGCGCCGGUCCGUCAGCCGUUCUCUGGACUCGGACACCACGAGCCCCAUGGUCGCGCGCGGCCGCCUUCUGCAAUAUGUGGCUUACGGACAGGGCGGGAUGACUUUGGGGGCACAACCGUCGAAUUACUCAUGCUGUUGGGUGGGGCGAUAUGACUCACAUGUGCGACACUACACGAUCCAAGCAGUGCUUAAUGAGGAGCAAUAAAAUCGUUUCGCUUU